CCAGAGCUCCCCUCCUCCUCCCACCCCAAGCUCCUGCCCACCUCUGCCCGCCUACCUCUUUCUGACCAGCACCAGCGCCAACUCAAACUCAGCCCAGACCACCAAACAGACAGACCUUCCCUGCCUUGCCUUACCGUUAUCCGCAGCCCCAGCCCAGCGCAGCACCGUACCUGCCGUACCACUGUCGCCCGCCCCUGCCUGCCCUGCCCUGCCGUACCAUCCCAACCCAGCCCAACCCGUUCCAUCCCAUCCAUCCUACUAUUGUAUCCCUUCGUCCUCCUUCACCGUUGCUGCACGCUCUCACACUCACACACUCACUUUCCCUUCACAUGCGCUGCACAACCCAACUCUGAACCAUCCACCCACCUGUCCAUCCUUCUUCCAUCCAUCCCCCUUCUUGCUUCUCUGUACCAUUACAUCCUGUACAGUACUGUACUGUAUUGUCCCCCGCCUGGUCCCAACUCUUGCCGUGUGGUGCUGCAGCAAUACACUGCCGUGCCCAUCCAUACUACAUCCAUACCGCAUACUCCAUCUCCAAAACAAGACAAACGGACGCCUAGACACCCGGGGUUCCUCGUGCGUUUGAACCAGGGAACAAAAAAAGAAGGACAUAACACACAGUACUCCGUACCCUCGACAGUUUUAGAAAUAAACCCGACUCGCAGCCACCCAUUACUUAUUUCUCAAAAUGCCCUACAAUACCCGUCGCAAGUCGCUCUCCCUCCCUUCCCUGGGCAUCCACGUCCCAGUCACCCUGGCCGAACGCGACGCCGCCAGAGCUGCCGCCGCCGCAAGUCGACUCUCGCCUAGCCACCCUCAGAGCCAAAGCCAAAGCCAUAGCGCAGCACACUCCUCGUCGUCGUCGACAUCAUCACCGUCGUCCAUGACGAACUCGCCCUCCUCCCACUCCCCACGCCCACGGAGCCCCUCCAGCCCCGCCGACAUGGACGCUCAGACCCAUCUCUCCAAGAAGAUAAAACGCUCCCACGCUGGCGACGACACUCCCGCCGCCAAGCGCCAUCACUCUGCCUCGAAUAAGCUGCCCCCCUCCCCGCCAAGGUCGAGGGCCUCUUCGGUAGAGAUGAAGGACGCCGCCGCCGACAACGCCGCCGCCGCCCCAAAGGUCGACCUCAGCACCGUCAACGACGAGAUCGUCGAGGCCGUCAUCGUCCAGCUCCAGAAUGCCGGCAACCGCCCCCACAUCGUCAAGGAGCUCGUCCCCGUCCUGAUGCAGCAGCUCAAGAUCGUCCAACAAUCCGCAAAUCCCUCCGCCAUCAUCUCCUCGAGACUGUCGACCUACCUCAAGCGCUCGUGCUGGAACGCCAACAACCCCUGCCCCAUGGCUAAGGAGCUCGAGACGGUCCACCCGCGCAGGACCUACUUCUACCUCACAACAUGCCCCCACGGGCCCCUACCCGAGCCAACCAUGGCAGCCCUCGCCGCGGCACAGGCGCGUGCCCUCGUCACACCCAGCGCGACAUCGGCCUCGGAAGAUGCCGAGGACGACCGCAGGAGAGAGCUCAGCCCCUCCCCCGAGGUGGACCUGUCGUCGCCCGAGUUCGACGACAUGGACGACGACAUGCCCAUGCCCGCCACCCCCGUCGGCUCCUUCUCCGGGCGCCCCAUCCCGACCCUGGCACUGCCUGUGCAGUCGCAUCGAGGGGCGUCGCCGCCGCUCGAGAAGGACGAGAAGGAGUUCACCCAGACGGCCGACGGCCUCCAGAAGCGGAAGCUCAGCGGUGGGCUGCUGCCGGUCAAGCCCGAGGUUGUCGUCCAGAGCACGGAGCUGGACGAGCACGCCAAGGACGACAGCCUGUUUGGCGAGCCCAAGGCCAGCGCCGCCGGCAACCAACCACCCCCGAUGGCCUUCAUGGCCAGCCCGGCGAUGCGGCCUGCCUUCUCGGUCAGCGCCAAGAAGGAGGGCGACAUGGACAGCUGGGCCAAACUCGACAGCCUCCUGGAGUGGGACCGGAGCCCCGAGACGAUCGAGCUGGACGAGCUCGACUGCCUCCUGGACGACUACUGAGGCAGCAGCUGAGCACCAUCUUGGUCACAUGUGCCAUAUACCUGCCCAUCUACCCUACGAACGAUGUAACGAUUAUAAUCCCGGGAAAAUGUCCUCUCCACACUGUGCUGGAAGCUACUGUAUAUGUACAUUACGACUUUUUAUUUGAGCGAGAUUUGGGACGGGAAACAGACUCAUAUUUUAUUUUUGGGCACUCUAGAUUACCCUUUAGAGGUGUAGAUGCUUUGGGAGUGGGAAGCGAUUGGAAGGGAGGGGGGAAAGGGAACGGGGCUCCCCCCCCUCCCACACUUGGGUCAAACGAAAAAGGGCAUGCACGGGGGCCAUGGCGGGCAGGCUCAAGACAAAAAAGCUUCAAAAGUGCAUUUUGGGGCUCUCUAUCACUUCUGAGGAAGGAAAAAACGGCGCAACAAAACAAUGCAAAGGAUCCAAUUCUCCCUUCACACUUUUUGGUGUCGCCUUGUUGUGUAUGUGCUUGAAUCAGCUUGCAUGUACGGAUACCACAGUACAGUACAAGCUCGCUGCGAAUGCUACUGCGGGAAUCAGAUGAUGCCGUGCAUUGGCAGGCAAGCAGACGGGCAGGCUAGAUCAGCAAGUCAGAUAGAUCCGGUUGGUUCCAGAACAGGAACAGUAAAAAACGUACGUCAGGGCAAGGCAGGGCAAGGGAAGGCAACGCGAGUGAAUGAAUUUGGAGGUGGGCCGGGCCAAUGCACCAUGACAUAGCAGCAGGCUUAUUAGCAUGCACGUCGAUAUCCAUCGGGGUUGAAUCUAUGUAUUGCACUACUAUGUAGUGUACUUACGGAAUGAGUAAAGAAGCAUAUACGUAC